CCAGAAACCCCAGAAACAUCCCAACCCUGGCGGGGAUGGGUUUUCAGCUGAACCAGCCAGGAUUAGCAGCACAUGUCAGUCAGCAUUUUAUCUUCUCAUCACCACCAAUGCGAUUCCCACUCAGCCCUGCAUUCUUCACCUCACCUCACCUCACUCAACCCCCAUCAUUCGUACCAUCAAGCCAACAACAGCGCCAUGCCCAGCCCGUGACCAAGGGAAAACGAACAUGUCGGCCCUCUUCAGACCCACGGACUGGCCGUCCACCACCACCACCACCACCUCCUCGUCCUCGUCCUCGUCUCUCGACGCCAAGGCCCGCAGGCUUGCGCCAGCUGCAGGAAGAUGAAGAGGAAGUGCGACAAGUCCCUCCCCGCAUGCGGGCUCUGCACCCGCAUGGACCGCCGGUGCGACUACGCCGACCCGCCGCCGCCGCAGCAGCAGGACCCUGGGCCGACCGCCGACGACUUCGCCACCCUUCAGUCGAAGCUGCUCGAGCUUGAGAGCCGGCUGGACCACCAGACCUGGCCCACCGCCGCCGCCGCCGCCGCCGCCGCCGCUCCUCCUCUUUUCUCCGACGCAGACGCGGCAACGGCCCUUGGCGCGGUCGUCGGAUCCGGUCUUGGCUCCGACCACCCGGGCUCGACGUCGGCGCACUACCCACCCGACGUGUUCCUCGACAUAUGGGCCUUCAAAGCGUUGAACCAGUCUCUCCCGCAGCCCUCGGUCGACAUCCCCGCCGAAGUGCUGGGGCUGCUGGGCGACAGCGCCGCGGUCCAGCGGGCCGUCGAGGCCUACUUCGCCGGCACCCACGCCUGGCUGCCCAUCAUCUCCAGGAAGCGCAUGCCCAUGGGCGCCGCCCUGGCCCAGGGCGGCCCGGACCUGGCCAUGGUGCUAGUCGCCUACUUUGAGUACGCGCACGCCGUGUACCCGGCCGCCUGGCUCACCGUCGCGUCCUGCAUGCGGUACGCCGACUUUCUCGGCCUGCCGGGGCUUCGCGAGAGCAACCUUACGCUAAAAGUGCCGUCAACGUGGACGGAGAUGGAGGAGCGGUUGAGGACGUGGUGGGCGAUCCUCGUCCUCGACCGCAUCAUCUGCCUCGGCAACGGGAAGCGCUACCUCUCGCCCGAACCCGACGACGACAUGAACUCUCCCGUAGACAACGAGAUUUGGGAUGAAGGCCACAUCGGCCGCGCGACCCACCACACCGAGCUGCUGCUCCUGCUGCUGCUGCCGCUCCGGGAAGACGACCCCGCCGGCAACGGCGGCACCGACGUGAGCCCGCUCGUCCUCGACGCGCUGUACGGCGCCGGCGCCACCCUCGCGUGAAUCGUCCGCGAGAAGGGGCCGGCGCGGCACACCGACGGCGUCGCAGCCAUCAAGCGCUGCCUGGGGCGCCUGGGCGCGCGGUGGGGGCUGGCGACGGAGUACGGGCGCAUGCUGGAGCUGGAGCAGCAGGACCUUGCCUUCAUGAUGCAGGAGGGGGAGGGGGACACUCCACGCUGCACAUCUAGUGAUUUUCUUUUUGAUUUUCCCCUUUUUCUCAGCACGGCUCCAAGGUCGUCAAUGGGUGGUGGGCAAGGCAAGGAAUGGUAUAUAUAGGGAGAUAAUGGGAAAUGGGGCUUGAUUUCUACCAAAAAGUCUAGUCAAAUAAUACCAAGAUGGGGGGGGUGACGACGUUCCAGGAAGCCUGGCCCUGCGCAAUGUUGUAGAUACCAAUAGCAUGCCCUUUCAGAAGGAGUUUUUCUUCAUUCUCUUUUUUUGUUUCUUAGAAAAAAGAAGAAAAAGAAAAAAAAAAAAAGCUCCC